UUGUUUUCAUCUUUACCCAUAAUGCUUAGCAAAAUAUUAAGAAAGCUAGUGGGUCUUUCAAAGUAUUGGACAACAGUCUACUAUAAAUUACAUGUACAGUAAUUAGCAAAACACAACUAAAGUGUCUACUUUCAUUCACAUGUUGUAUCACAACAAUUAGAGAUAAACAAAAUGUACCGAAGAAUGUUAAGGCUAUGUGAACCCAGUGGCCUGUGUGGACUAUGUCUCUGAUCCUGUUUACCCUGGUGGUGCGGGUCAGGGAUGGUCUGCCUCUCUCAGCCUCCACUGACUUCCAACACAACCCAGAGCUGCAGGAGAGGAAGCAGCAGCUACGGACCAUCUCCAAGGCCCUCAGCCUGUUCCCUGACAGAGGGGUGGUCAAGGGCCAUGACCUCAAUAUAUGUUUCCUCUCCAGUGAGGGCGUAUCCUACAUGAGCGUAUGUGACGCCAGGCUCCCUGCAGCCAUGGCCUUCUGUUUUCUAGAGGACCUGCGCUGGGAGUUCACAGCUCAUAUGGACAGCGCCAAGGUUGCCCUGGCAGCCAGGCCGUACCCCUUUCUGGAGUUCGACAACAGCAUAGCCUGGCUGCAGCAACAGUAUCCUGUGUUGUGUUGCAUCGGUCCUCCAGGUCAGAACCAGAGGUUGGAGCCAGUGACCGCCCCAGGAAUCCUCUCUCUGGUCCUCAACAUCAUGUGUUCUUCUCUGAACCUCAUCAGGGGAGUUCACCUCAUAGAGUACACCUUCCAGGAUGAUUAUGAAGGAAUCUGGAACGUGGUGGCGUUUCUGCUGGCGUUCCUGUGCUGUGUCGGUCAGUGUCACCUGUAUCUGUUCCACUCUUCUCUGAAGAGGGUCAAGUCCCUGACACUGCUGAGUGUGGUUGUGGUCUGUAACUGCUUCCUGUUUGGUCUGAGGAACGUCUGGCAGCUGCUGUUCCACCUGGCGGUGGCUGUCCUCGUCACCCUCCUCACCCUCAACCGGAAACUACACGACAGAACCAAUGACUGCGGGGUCUGAAAGAGGGGGGACCAGUUAGUGCGUAGCACCAUCGCAAUAGGCUAAGGGGAUCCAACCCAGACAGACGUCUCCUAUCAUGUCCAGUGGGAUAUUUACAUUGUUUUGUUUGUAUAAGGAUAAUUUGUUGCUUUAUUUCCAUGUUUAUUUGCACUGCGUUUACGUAGCGUCCCAGGCAGGUUUGAGGAGUAGUGGAGGUCCUAGCCAGGGGGUGUGGUGUUGGAUGGUCCUCAAAUCGUCUUUUAGAAAUUAAUUCCAGAUGAAGACAAUAGUUUUGAACAAAUUACUUGAAUGAUAUGAAUUUGUAAUACUGACUGUCUAAUUAAAGGGCAUCCGUGUGACAUUAGACUAUAGCCAGUCAGACAGUAGGUCUACAUUGGACAAGGUAAUUGAGAUGACAUCAUCAGUGACAUAAAGAACACUCACUGUCCAAUCAGACCACUGCUGUAGCUCAGUAAGUGAUAAUCAACUACCAGUCUGAUUCUCCAGGGUCUAAAUGCAGCUAGUCUCAUAGGAAAUGUACUGUGCUUUCAAUUCAAUUUGAUUUAUUGCUUUCUAUUGCAUUCUGUAGAAUUGACCAAUCAAAAUGUCUCACCAAAGUAUGUUCUGUUGUUUAUGCAGAAAGCUGCCCAAGCAGGAGGUGCUUGCCAUAUCCCUCUAGUUUUACAACCACAACACCAGGUGUUAUUGCUCUUCAUGGUGGUCAGUAAUUGAGGAGUUAAUAUAUAUUUUUUAGAUCAUGGUUUUAUACUUUACAUGGCUAAGUAAGGUAUUAUAUUAUCAAUAUAAUGUAUCUAAUUUGUUGUUCAAGAAGGCUGUUGGUAAUAGUAUGUUGCUUGGUAACAAUGGUUGUAGUUUAUUUUUUCUUUCUUAUAUCUAAAACAUUUGGAAAUCAUAAGUUAAAAUGAAUACAGAAACGUUUUAUAUUGUGUAGUAUAAUAGAUUUUGUAACACCGUAAUAAUGUAGUGACAGUGUAUGUUGCUUUUUGUAGUCCUAAAACGAUAGGUCGAUUUAUGCUUUUGGGGCUUCUGAGUGGCGCAGCGGUCUAAGGCGCUGCAUCUCAGUGCUAGAGGCGUCACUACAGACCCUGGUUUGAUUCCAGGCUGUAUCACAACCGGCCGUGAUUGGGAGACCCAUAGGGCGGCGCACAAUUGGCCCAGCGUCGUCCGGGUUUGGCCGGUGGUAGGCUGUCAUUGUAAAUAAGAAUUUGUUCUUAACUGACUUGCCUAGUUAAAUUUAAAAAAUAUAUAGAUGUGAUUUGGGCUCCUUCCAGUCUGCGAUAUUUCUCAUGUCUAGUCUAAGGGCCCUGUUCAUGUUUUUACAGUUGUAUAGUAAUCUGGUAACUAAGAAAUAUAAUUAAUUUCAGCAGAAUUUGAGCUGAAAAUACACAUUUGGAAGAAACUAUUUACUGCUUUUUCUAUGAUUGAGAGACAGUUUGAAUACAAAUUGUGAAUUGAAGAUUCAUACCCGCUCUACUGAAAUGAACCAAUCUUGGUGAUGUGUAGAUAUGUGUUCCUCAAGCACCUGAGCACUGGUAACGGAAUGUCCAAUAGUUUUAGAUUCAAGACCAGUGAGUUUGCACUACGGUUGGCUUGUUUAGUGUUAACUACUGAACUCAUCUGGUUGAGGGAACAAUGUGGGGGUUGCAGGAAGACCCCCCCCAGGUUAAGCUGCUGUAACUGAUACACCAAUAUGUUGAAUUAAUUGUUUGUAUAAUUGAGUUUUGUUCUGUGUAAUGAUGGCUGCUUUAAUGUCAAGGAGUCCUUUACAGUUGACUUAAAUUGUCAAUUGAAGUGGGGGAGAGAGAGCGUGUUAACGUUUCAGUCUACAAGGGGUAACAUUCAGGCCCUCCUUUUCAAAGUGUUGGGUGUCUUUCAUCACCGAAAUUGAUUAGAGCUACCUGUAUUAACACAUGGUUUACCUGUUGUGUGGUUUGUAUUUUCUACAGUAAAAUAAACCACUGUCUGAAAGGUGCA